AGGGACACGGUUCUAAGUAGAUGUACAAAGACAAGGUUCCCUCUGUGUGCGCUGGAUGCAGGGGAUAGAUCCCUUUUGGCUCAGUUGACCGGGUUCUAGCGUCCCUGCAGCCCGGUGCCUUGGGCUCCAGGGUGCUAGGCGUCCCCACCGCCCCUCCUCUCCUGGAGGGCGGCAGGGGGCGGUGCCUGGCAGUGAGCUAGGUUCAUUGGCGAGGGAGCAGUCGCCGGGCAGCGGGGCGCGGGACACACGGGGCCGCGGAGGCGCCCUCCAUCGCCAUGGACCUGAUAUCAUCGCUGAGCCUGGGCGAGCUAGCGCUCAGCUUCUCGCGGGUGCCGCUCUUCCCUGUCUUCGACCUCAGCUACUUCAUCGUCUCCAUCAUCUACCUGAAGUAUGAGCCAGGGUCUGUGGAGCUGUCCCGGCGUCACCCGGUGGCAUCCUGGCUGUGCGCCAUGCUGCACUGUUUUGGGAGUUACAUCCUGGCCGACCUGCUUCUUGGGGAGCCCAUCAUUGACUACUUCAGCAACAGCUCCAGUAUCCUGCUGGCCUCCGGAGUGUGGUACUUGAUUUUCUUCUGUCCCUUGGACCUCUUCUACAAGUGCGUCUGCUUUCUGCCUGUAAAACUCAUCUUUGUGGCUAUGAAGGAGGUGGUGAGGGUCCGAAAGAUUGCUGUGGGUAUCCAUCACGCACACCACCACUACCACCAUGGGUGGUUCAUCAUGAUCGCCACCGGAUGGGUCAAAGGCUCUGGCGUUGCCCUUCUGUCCAACUUGGAACAGCUGCUUCGAGGCGUCUGGAAGCCAGAGACCAAUGAGAUCCUACACAUGUCCUUCCCCACUAAGGCCAGUCUGUAUGGAGCCAUCCUGUUCACCUUGCAACAGACCCGCUGGCUCCCAGUGUCCAAGGCCAGCCUCAUCUUCGUCUUCACCAUGUUUAUGGUGUCGUGUAAGGUGUUCCUGACAGCCACUCACUCCCAUAGUUCUCCAUUUGAUGUCCUGGAGGGUUACAUCUGCCCAGUGCUGUUUGGGGCAACUUGGGGAGGCGACCAUCACCAUGACAACCAUGGAGCACCACAUGGCAUGGGGCUAGGCACCCAGCACUCUGGCUUGCCUGCUAAGGCCAAGGAAGAGCUGAGCGAAGGCUUCAGGAAGAAGAAGACCAAGAAAGCGGAUUAGGGUUGGCCCCAGGGAUCGAUCCACUGGGUGCUUGGGAGAAGGAUAUGAACUCAGAGAAACUCAGAACUUAGGGCAUUCAGGGCUCGGAAACCCCCCUCCCCCCACCAGCCUCAACUUCCCCAUCUACAAUUUGGAGCCAUCAGCAACCCCAGGGCUGAUGUGGGGUUAAAUUAAUGUGGAGGAGUUUGGUAGGAGUGGAAAACCCUGCCUUCUGCCAGACUCCUCAUCCGGUCACAGGCUUUGGGGGAUACACAGUCCAGGCCUAAAGGCUGGUAGGUUCUUGGUUUUCAUUCUGUGUUCUAAUUAUAUCUUGAAACCAAAACAAUUUAAAGUCACGUGGAGACUCAAUUAUCCAAGUUCCUCCUGGGAGCCAGGAGCUGGGGUCCUGCGUCCUUUCCCACCCUCCCUAGAAUUUUAUGACUCUUGCUGGGCAUUCAGGCAAAUGGCCUCCCUUCUCUGAGCCUUCUGUUUCCAUUCUGUAGCACCAAGCCCCCAGGUCCUCCUGUCCGCAGGAGGUCUUUACAAUGUCAAACAGUUUAACAGUGCUAAUAAGGAGACUGGAGCUGGCAUGAAGGGCAGUGGCAGACUGCUUUGUAUGUCAGGCCAUUUGUGUUGGAACCCAGGUCACCUCACUAGAUACUCAGCUGAGUAGACACAUCUAGGGCUGUCUGUUAACGGGUGUUGGGAGUGGGGUGUGUUGUUGAGUUCCCAGCUGCCCACAGGCAAAAGAAGUGUGUGUGCCGGGCAGAGGGUCCAAGAGCCAAUAGCCUUGAGUGCUCACAAUUGGGCCCUGGGUGUAUCAGGUGUCCCUCGUGUCUGAUCAGCAUAGUUCACUCAGUCAUUCAACAAACACACAGAUCCACACAUGCUCCCUGUACAGUGUUGUGCGGCUUGGAGGAGGAGCGAGCCUUGUACAGGGCAAGGGCCAUGGUCACCAAAGUCUCCAGGACCUCUGAGAGAGGUGAGCAUGGGGUACUGCUGGUCUCAGGCUUCUGUGAGGCUCAGAUCUAGUUGGAGUACCCAGUGUUGCCCAUUUGUUGAGAAAACGCUCCUCACAACUUUUCCUGGAGGUAGGUCCUGAGGCUGGAAGCUCCUGGGUUUCAUCCCCUUGGUGUCAAUCAAAGCUCUGUGUGAGUGAUCAGCCAAUAAAUCUGGUGCGAGUGAA